AUGGAUUAUGUUGGCGGUGGUCAGAGGGGCCAAGGAAACGCAUACGGUCCCAUAUUUAAUUCAGGGUGGAGGAAUCACCCCAAUUUUUCAUGGAAUUCUGGGCCACAGCAACAAAGACCACCACAACCUCUGGGACCUCAGUUUCAACCUCAGCAAGAUCAAGGGAAGAAAUUUACCACUGAAGACAUGCUGGCAAAGUUUAUGAUCAACACUGAGUGGUCAAUUCAACGAGAUAAGCACAGUGUUAAGGAACCUCCAAGCAUCGGUCCAAUCGCUCAAAAAUCAAGUUGGACAACUAGCCAGGAGCAGAAUCCAAGGGAGCACCUCAAGGCCGUCACUCUUAGGAGUGGGAGACCGUUGGAGGCAAGAGCCGAGGAUUUCUCAAGUGCCAAGAAGGAUGGGGUGACCAUUUUGGAAGACCCCAACGUGGCUGAGCCAGUAAGAGGGGAGAAUAAUGACAAGCAAGGUGAGGAACCCGCUAAACCAUCAACAUCGAGGGUUCCCGAGUACAAACCCCCUGUCCCUUACCCAGCUAGGUUGAAACAAGAAAAGGAGGACGCUCAGUACAAAAAGUUCCUCAACAUGUUCAAGCAGUUGCAUAUAAAUAUUCCACUCGUUGAGGCAUUGGCCGGAAUGCCUAAGUACGCCAAGUUCAUGAAAGACCUUCUUACCAAUAAGAGGAAGCUUGAAAAGCUUGAGACAGUGGCACUCCCUAGGAAUUGUUCCGCAAUGAUUCAGACGAAGCUUCCAAAGAAGUUGACUGACCCUGGGAGCUUCAUCAUCCCUUGUAUGAUCGGGGAGGGCAUGCAAGAGAAAGCACUGGCCGACUCCGGGGCCAGCAUUAAUGUAAUGCCAUACAAGUUGUUCUUGAAGUUGGGAUUAGAGGAUUUAAGGCCCACGAGAAUGACGGUGCAACUUGCAGAUCGAUCGAUAAGGAAGCCGAGGGGUGUUGUUGAAGAUGUACUUGUGAAGGUGGAUAAACUCAUCAUUCCUGUGAACUUUGUGAUACUUGAUGUGGAUGAUGACGUUGAUGUCCCACUGAUCCUUGGGCGCCCAUUCCUUAAUACUUCUGGCGCUCUCAUCGAUGUAAAAGGAGGGAGAAUGAUUCUCAGAGUGAGAGAGGAGAAAGUCGUUUUUACACUUCGUGAAGCAAUGAGGAAAACCUUGGAUCAUGAUGACCCCUUAUAUUUUACCGAUGAAACUGAUAUGGUCAUCUCUGAUUGUAUGCAGGAAGUUUUGGCUAUGAACCCAUUGGAUGAAUAUCUGGAAGAAGUGGGCAACAAGGAGGAUAAGAUGAAGGUCCCUGUUUCUCCUCCAAUGCAGUAUAUAAGCUAUGUGGGAACAGAUCCGCCAUCAAGUCGUAAAAAGAAGAAAAACAUGAAGAAGAUGUGCUGCAAGGUGAACAAAAAGCUAAAGGAGGGACUGACAGUCCGCUUAACGCCACCAAGGGAGGUAGACCAUCUUUACUUUGAGGGGAAAGGCAAGUUUCGAGUAUUUUCAUGCCUCUCAAUGAGUUUUCCAUCAUGGAACAUGUCUCUUGGAAUUGGUGGUAACUCAACUUCUUUUGAUCCACCUUGA